AUGUCUUCAGAUCUUUGUCCCGUAUAUGCUGUUAGUACUCUGUCCGACCCUCAAGCCAGCCAAGCCCGGGCUCUGUUGGGAUUCCUUGCCAUCCAUGUAAGGUCGAAGACGGCGAAAGCUAACAUCUCACAACAGCCCUUUUUCGGUGCGAUGGGAUGCACCUCCGCCAUCGUCUUCACCUGCUUUGGCGCUGCCUACGGAACGGCUAAAUCCGGUGUCGGUAUCUCAGCAAUGGGUGUUCUACGACCUGAUCUGAUUGUCAAGAAUAUCGUCCCCGUUAUCAUGGCUGGUAUCAUCGGUAUCUACGGCCUCGUUGUAUCCGUCCUCAUCUCCGAUGGCUUGAAGCAAGAGAUGGCCCUUUACACCGGCUUCAUCCAAUUAGGUGCCGGUCUUAGUGUCGGCUUGGCUGGUCUUGCUGCUGGUUUCGCAAUUGGCAUCGUUGGUGACGCAGGUGUCCGUGGUACCGCUCAGCAGCCCAGACUCUUCGUCGGCAUGAUCCUGAUCCUCAUUUUUGCCGAAGUGUUGGGUCUGUAUGGGUUGAUCGUUGCCCUACUAAUGAACUCCAAGGGCACGCAGGAUGUUGUCUGCAAAUAG